CCCCUGUCGCACCCACUGGAGCUGCAGCCCCGCCCGAGACCGACAAGGCUGCAGCUUAACCUCGCGAUCAAGCUCGAGCUUCCAUUCCACUUCGUUUGGUGACCUUAGCUCAACCACCUAUCCCCUCAACCAAACCAACAACACCAAUACUGCCUGAUCUACGUCAUGGAUACUGCGCGCAAAACAUGGGAGCUCGAUAACAACGUCGAACUUGUCGAUCCCCAUCGAGAUAACCUCUAUACCUAUGAUUCCGCCGAGCAGAAAGCCCUAGGUGAUGCCAAACCAUGGAAGACCGACCCCCACCACUUCAAGAAUGUCCGAAUCUCAGCUGUGGCUCUCCUGAAGAUGGUGAUGCAUGCACGGUCUGGGGGUAGUAUCGAAGUCAUGGGCUUGAUGCAAGGAAAGAUUGCAGGAGAUACGAUCAUCGUCACAGAUGCUUUCAGAUUACCGGUUGAAGGCACCGAAACAAGAGUUAACGCCCAGGACGAAGCAAACGAAUAUAUGGUCGGAUAUCUUCAAGCUUGCCGGGAUCAAGGCAAGCUGGAGAACGCUGUGGGAUGGUAUCAUAGUCACCCUGGUUAUGGCUGCUGGCUGUCGGGUAUUGAUGUUAGCACACAAGCCACUCAGCAGACCUUUUCUGACCCUUUCCUUGCCGUGGUCAUUGAUCCCGAUCGAACUAUCUCCGCUGGGAAGGUCGAAAUCGGUGCUUUCAGAACAUACCCAGAGAACUACAAGCCGAUCGGCUCGGGGGCAGAUGACGGAUACCAGACCAUCCCGCUGGCAAAGGCUGAAGACUUCGGUGCUCAUGCAAGCAGAUAUUAUUCGUUGGAGGUUUCGCAUUUCAAGAGUUCGCUGGAUACCCAUCUAUUGGAGCUUCUAUGGAACAAGUACUGGGUACAGACGCUAAGCCAGAGCCCGCUCUUCACCAACCGCGAGUAUAGCAGUAAGCAGAUGCUUGACCUGAGUUCCAAGAUCAGACAGGCAGGCGCCGCCAUUUCGAGAACUGGCCGACAAAUGACGUCGAUGCCGAACAGGGCUACGGACCAGCAGCUGGAGAAGGUGGUUAGGGAUAGCAACAAGAUUGCUGGGGAGGAAGUCACGGGUCUGAUGGCGGGAGAGGUCAAGGCGAAACUUUUCAACGGGCUAGGUCAUGUUGCGAAAGUUGAGCCUGCUCCAGAAACCAAGGUUGCAGCGGCUGAGUCGUAGAGGGCAGUUAAUGAUUUUUUGCAGAUCUCAGAUGUGGCGGCUGGAGAUGACUUAGAUUCUGAUGAGCAUUUCUGGGCGUAUGAACUGACUGAAAAUGGCGUUGAAGCGGGUAUGAUGAAUCAUGAUUGUGGCUUCUAGCUUAGACCAAAGAUCUGACGUGGGAAUGAAGCAUGGCUGCAGCGAAUAUGUGGAACUUUUUUGAAAACAUCGAGUACGUGAUAGUCACCACACGAGAUGUAUCCAGUAGGAGCAAGAAAUGCUUGUCUCUAAUCUAGUAUACAUCAAAUGAAGUGCUCCUGCCUUGAGCUUAUACCUACAUUUUCUAGUCAC